CCCACACAAAUGAUAGAAUAAAACCUUAAUAAUAAUAAUAGAAAGGAUAAAAACAAGAACAUUCUAUAUUUAUACGCACAAAAAUCAAGAGAGAAAGAAAGAAAAACAGAGUCUGGCUGUUUCCUAAGCUGACUUACUGUCUUUGCUUCUAUUUUCUGGUUUUCUCCUGCUAAGAUGUCAUUUUCCAAGCAAAGCUUUUGGUUGGCCAUAUGAGUGUUUCUGUACUGAUAUGGCAUUAUUGGCAUCUUGCCUUGCUGGUGCAGUUGAUUUAAAUGGACAGGAAUCUGGGAAAAAGCAUGGUAGAUCAACAGAAAAACUAUGAACAAAUUCAAUCCAAUAACAUGGAAGCUAGAAAUGAAGGGAAGGGGUCUGUAAACCAAAGAUUUUUCCAUGAUCCAUCAGCUAAUAUUAAUACUAACAUGCGACCUCCUGACUACAACAUGUCAAUGGGAGCUAGGCCUGUGCUAAAUUACUCCAUUCAGACUGGUGAGGAAUUCGCUCUUGAAUUUAUGCGGGAGAGGGUGAACCCCAGGCAACAGUUCUUUCCAAGUGCUCACAUUGAUCCUAAUAGUUCAACUAGCUAUGUUGGACUGGAGGGUGUGUUGGGAAUAUCCCAUAUCGGUUCUGAAAGUGGGGCUGACAUCUCUAUGAUUAGCUCGGUUGAAAAAGCUCGGAACCAGGAGUCUGACAGGAAGGGGUCUUCUGUUAAUGAAGAUCAAAGUUAUUAUGACCCUGUCCCAUCAGUACCGCGAACCUCACCGAGAAAUGACAGCAGUCGAGGAAUUCAUGGUUAUCCAUCUUCAGGAGCUUCUGAUAGUUCAUCAACAAAGUUGAAGUUUCUCUGCAGCUUCGGUGGUACAAUUUUGCCUCGUCCGAGUGAUGGAAAGCUGAGAUAUGUUGGGGGCGAAACGCGCAUUAUCCGAAUAAGCAAAAAUAUUUCUUGGCAGGAGCUUAUGCAGAAAACAGUGGCAAUUUACAAUCAAUCUCACACUAUAAAAUAUCAGCUUCCUGGUGAAGAUCUGGAUGCGUUGGUUUCUGUAUCCUGUGAUGAGGAUCUUCAGAACAUGAUGGAAGAAUGCAAUGUAUCAGAAGAUGGGGGGUCAAAGAAGCCUAGGAUGUUCCUUUUUUCUUGCAAUGAUCUAGAGGACUCCCAGUUUGGCCUAGGAAGUGGAGAGGGUGAGAAUUCUGAGAUUCAAUAUGUAGUUGCUGUAAAUGGUAUGGACUUGGGUUCAAGGAAGAACUCAAUGAAUCUGGCAAGUGCAUCUGGGAACAAUUUGGAUGAGUUGCUCUGUCUUAAUGUUGAGAGGGAAAGCAGUCGAGUUGCAGCUGAAUUUACUGGCAGUAAUGUCCCAUCUUCAGCUGUUAAUAUGCUGCCAUCAACAAUUCAAUCUUCUCAACCAGUGCCGAUGAUUUCAUCUAGUGCCCAAGAAUCUAAUUCACAACCUUACCAUGGCCAGAAAAUGCACCGUGGAGAUAAUAGCCAGCGCCCAGCAUCAUCCAUGCAACCUAUUGAGAGCUUCUCCCAUGUGGAUAGAAAGGGCGUCAAUCCAUUGCCGGUCCCAAUUCAAUUUGGUUUUGGUUCUCAUCUUCCUGACCAUGCAACAGUUGGGGAAAAUUUAGUGGGAGUGCCUUUCCAUGUGUAUCCUCCAACACAACAGGGGGUUUUGGGAGAAGAGAAACUGUAUAGUGGCAUUCAUGUGCAAAAUGCAGAAGUGUCUGUAAAGGAUACAAAACUCAAAAGAGAUAGCUCAGGAAAGAAAAUAAAUGAACCUGAGAAAGUUAAAACUAUGGAUAAGGAGGCAGCUAAAAAGGAAUUGAAAAUGAAGCGGGAUGAUUCAUUCCAGAAGCUUAAUGAAACUUUUAAAAUUCGGGCAGUGGAAAAUGAUACUGUUUCCUUGCAUCCACAUGAUAGUUCUGCUCCAAAUUACACUUCUAGAGAAGAAGUAUCGGUUGCCAAUUCAAUGCAAGAAGUAGGAUCACCACUGCAGCUCAUGAAAACUAAUAAAGGGCCCCAAGAAGCUGUACUCGGUUCGAUGCCCACUGAUGCUGUGACUGAAGGGAUAAAAAAUAACAGGGAUGACCAUUUCCAUUCAUCUGGUGAUCCAUUUGCCCCAGGAUAUGGGGGUUCUGAGGCUGAUCCAACAGAUUUUAGCUAUCCUGAACCAUCUGUGGUUUCUCAUCGGGUUUUUCAUUCUGAGCGAAUUCCCAGGGAGCAGGCAGAAUUAAAUCGCUUGUCAAAAUCUGAAGAUUCUUUUGAUCCUCAGAUUCUAAUAACUCAAGCACGUUCUGGUUCUCAACCAGUUAUAGAAUCGAUUGAUAAGUUGCAUGAAGGAAAUGUGGCUUCCCAGACUGACCAGCCCCGCACAUCUGCAAGAUCACGUUAUGCAAAUCCCCAGACUGUUGAAGAUGGACUCGCUCAGUUUGAAAAGUAUAAAGAAUAUGCUGAUAACAUCAGUAAAGUAAAUCCCAAUAUUGCUCAAGGUCUAGGGUCAAACGUGCAGAAAUCUGAAUUGAGACGUGUUGUUUUUAAUCCAGUGGAUGAUUAUGAAGGUUCCCAGGUUAAAGGUAACUACACUGAUCGCUCUAUCAAUGAUAACAAAGCAGCUGGGUUGACACAUUCCACAGCAAGUCAGGGAACUUCUAGUAAGCACCCGGAAGAUCCUGCUUUGGGGCCUCAAGAGUUUGAAAGAACUGAUAUUGGUGCUGACAAUAACAAUGGGAACAACACUAAGGUGAGUGUGCAGCCUCUGGCAUGGACAGAGAGCCCAGUUAGAGCUGUUUCUCAAGGGGAGCCCAGCUUUGGUGUUGGCACUCCUGAGCAGAAAGACAUACGAAUCGAUAUAAAUGACCGGUUUCCUCCUGAUUUCCUGUCUGAUAUUUUCUCCAAAGCAAAAAUCCAUGAGACUGGUUUGGGGCCUCAAGAGUUUGAAAGAACUGAUUUUGGUGCUGACAAUAACAAUGGGAACAACACCAAGGUGUGUGUGCAGCCUCUGGCAUGGACAGGAAGCCCAGUUAGAGCUGUUUCUCAAGGGGAGCCCAGCAUUGGUGUUGGCGCUCCUGAGCAGAAAGACAUAUGUAUUGAUAUAAAUGACCGGUUUCCUCCUGAUUUCCUGUCUGAUAUUUUCUCAAAAGCGAAAACCCAUGAGACUGGGGUCAGUCCAGUGAAUGUUGAUGGAGUGGGCUUGAGCUUGAACAUGGAGAAUCAUGACCCAAAACGCCGGUCUUACUUUCAGAAUUUGGCUCAAGAUCAGUCUGCCAGGAAAGUUUUUUCCCUUAUAGACCAAGACCAUCUGAGUUAUUCAUCCUCGCUUACAAAUGUUGAAGGAGGGGCUCCCAUAGAUUAUAGUUAUCCACCCUUAAAGUCUGAUGGAGUUGGCUUGCCUCACAUUGAGGAAGAUGUUCGGCAAGAGACAUCUGGUGUUGUUGGACCAAACACCAUGGAUUCCCAUGCAGAUUAUGGUCAUUUUGAGCUGAAAGGCACUGAGAGUGCGUGGUUGGAUGGGAUGAAUGCUAGAAUACCUGAAUCAGAGUAUGAGGGUGGCAAGUUGGACAUUCGAAACAUUGGCACACAUCUUGUCGAUCUUUCUCUAGGAGAGUUUGAUAUUAGCACCUUGCAGAUCAUAAAAAAUGAGGACCUGGAAGAGCUGAGAGAAUUGGGGUCUGGCACAUUUGGUACUGUUUAUCAUGGAAAAUGGAGGGGUACAGAUGUUGCCAUUAAGCGAAUAAAAAAGAGCUGCUUCACCGGCCGCACAUCAGAACAAGAAAGAUUGACCACGGAGUUCUGGCGUGAAGCUGAAAUUCUUUCAAAGCUUCACCACCCCAAUGUUGUUGCAUUUUAUGGAGUGGUGCAGGAUGGACCAGGAGGAACACUAGCCACUGUGACAGAGUUCAUGGUGAAUGGCUCUCUUAGACAUGUUUUACUUAGCAAGGACAGGCAUCUUGAUCAUCGUAAGCGUCUGAUUAUUGCGAUGGAUGCAGCUUUUGGAAUGGAAUAUUUGCAUUCAAAGAACAUUGUGCAUUUUGAUUUGAAAUGUGACAACUUGCUUGUCAACCUGAAGGAUCCUUUACGACCUAUUUGCAAGGUAGGUGAUUUUGGUUUGUCAAAGAUCAAAAGGAAUACCUUGGUUACUGGUGGUGUAAGGGGAACUCUUCCAUGGAUGGCUCCAGAACUCCUGAAUGGUAGCAGCAGUAAGGUUUCUGAAAAGGUUGAUGUGUUCUCUUUCGCCAUUGUCUUAUGGGAGAUUCUCACUGGUGAAGAGCCUUAUGCCAAUAUGCAUUAUGGUGCAAUCAUAGGAGGCAUAGUUAAUAACACCUUGAGACCGCCUGUACCAAGCUUUUGUGACCCGGAAUGGAGAUUGCUAAUGGAGCAGUGUUGGGCACCUGAUCCCAUGGCCCGUCCAUCAUUCACAGAGAUCGCCAGGCGCUUACGCGCCAUGUCAGCCGCAUGUCAAACUAAACAGAUACCCAAGUAGCGAUGCUUGCCAAUUCCUUUGCUGUGUUUUUUAGCCCAUUGUCAUGAAAUACAAUCUCAAAGAGUUUAUUUCGUAAAGGUUGUGUAUAUCUACAAGAGGAGGGAGAAGGGGCUCCCAAUGUAUGAUUUUUGUGUUGUGCAGAAACUGGAAGAAGUGAACUUUAUGUAAAGCUAUUAUUUUUGUCUAUAGCAUAUACGAACUUCAUAUCAGAA